AAGAAAGGCAAAAAGAAUAAAAAGAAAGGGCCAGCAGAGGGAGUCCUGACAUUACGGUCUCGGCCACCUACUGAGCUGGAGUUCAUCGACUGCUAUCAGAAGAUCAAGCUGGCUAUUAACCUCUUGGCAAAGCUGAGAAAACAUAUCCAGAAUCCUAGUGCUGCAGAGCUUAUCCAUUUCCUAUUUGGGCCACUGGAGCUGAUAAUGCAGAGCUCAGGAGGUCCAGAUUUGGGAAGAUCAAUCACCUGUCCUCUCCUUUCAAAAGACGCUACAGAUUUUCUAAGGGGGCAUCUCACCCCAAAAGAAAUGCAGACAUGGGAUGCUCUGGGAGAACGAUGGACCAAAUCAAGGGCAGAAUGGCCAAGAGAGCCUCUGAUUCCUCAGUACAUUCCAAAAUUCAACAAUGGUUGGAUACCACCUCCAGACAUCUUCCAGGGAGCUCCUUGGGAGCUAGACAUAGGACAUCCACCAGAGCCUUUUAAACCCAAGAUCCAUGAAGAGCCACCCAAACCAAUAGAAAACCAUGGACCUAGAAAU